UUGUCCCUUCAAGAGCAAGCUGUUUUAUUUUAUAAGAAGUGUUCAUUCAGACUCCAUUUCUAAAUACUGGGCUCCGAAUGAUAAGGUCCACACAUAGUACAAAAGAUUGUUGCUUUCUUUGUUGAUCGUGGGACCCUGACCUUCCGGAGAAGAUGCCGACGACGAGGAAAACCCUGAUGUUCUUAUCGAGCUUUUUCACGAGCUUUGGGGCAUUCAUCGUAGUCUGCUCCAUGCUUGCGACCCAAGAAUGGGUCAGCAGCAGAAUUGCCAUCAGUGACGCUUCUUCCAAUGGUAGUCUCAUCAUCGUCUAUGGACUCUUCCGUGGUAAGAGUCGUCAAGAAUUCAGUCAUGGACUUGAGGAAUCGGAGAAAGACUUUGGAGUUUUAGAGAAACUGAACAAUUCUUCCCAAAAAACGCUGCAUUGGGUGGUUAUCCUGUCCUUGAUCCUCAGCCUGUGCACCUCGCUGCUCAGUUCUGGGCUCACCUUUUACAACAGCGUCAGCAACCCCUACCAGACGUUCUUGGGGCCAGUGGGCGUGUACACCUGGAGCGGAUUUGCUGCCUUCUUCACUUUUGUGACCAUGAUACUGUUCGUGGGGAACGCACAAUCCAACCACCUCUCGGAAGAACUGGCCCAGACGCUGUACCCGCUAUACCCAGCAGCCGCCUACGGAGGAACUACCCACAGCUACGGUUACUCGUUUUGGCUUGCACUACUCGUCGUUCUUCUAAGUAUUGUCUCUGUGGUCAUCAUUGUGUUCUACCAGAAGGUCAGAUAUCAGCGAAAGCAGGAGCAGAGAAAGCCCAUGGAAUAUGCUCCAAGGGACGGAAUUUUAUUCUGAAUUUGAUGUUAUGUUAUUUUGUCAUUAGGUCUAUUCUAUUGUAUGUCGGCUCCUGAGUGGUGACAGGCUCGCUUGUCUGGACAAUCAGCAAGGUUAAGUGCAGCCCUGGUUGACUGUCACUUUGUGAUGGUUUUGUAACUCAUGACACUCCAUAAGUGAUGUCACCUUGCAAAGGGUUCUUCCCACUAGGGUGGGGAAGAUGGAGGGGCAAUCUCUCCAGUCCAUGCAGUGUUCAAAGCGGUAGAAUGAUUCUGAGACUCUGGACCCUCCCGACCCGGGCUCGCUCUCUAAGACAAUAAAGAUUUGUGGUGUGCACUUUAGUACCUAGGAUCUCCUUCUCCUCAGAAGGGACCAGGUAUGUCUAUUCCAGCUGUUUCUGGGGAUUCAGAACUUGUCUUUCCAGGACCAGGUGUUGGAAGCAAAAGGUGGGCAAGACUUUGGAGUAAAUGCCCUGGUCCUCUAGACCCCUGGUUGCUGACAUAAUUCAAACCCAAUGGUGGGUAGAAGUGCUGAUAUAUGACCUUUGAACCCAUUUUUGAGGUUCCAAGGUGCAGCUUUUGUAUGGAAGAGACUAGGAAGGGAGAAGAUUUAAGAAAGAUAAAAAUUAUAGCCCUGUAGCCUUCACACUAGGGAGGCUAAAUGUAUUUUUGGCUUAAAAGGAUUGCAGUGAAUUAGUCGAAAUGGAAAUGUAACGUUGCAAGAAGUUCUAGGAACCAACCCUUUGCUAUUGACAUAGUAUAGUUGGCUGGAUGGGAGUGGAUUGGCCAUCAGUGGACUCCGGCCCAGCCAGAGCCUAAGAGCACUGGGCUGGCAGCCAUCCCUGAGUGAGGGCUAGGCAGAUGGAGAACGCAGUUGUUGGGUUGCCCUCUAAGAACGGGUGGGUAAAAUUGGUUCACAGAGUCAAAAAAACACAAUGGGUCACCAUUGAAAAGCUUUGAAAAGCUCCAGAAUGGAUUAGACCCACUUUGCCAAUAGGAUAUUCUUCCAGAAAAUCUCUUUGAGGAUCUUUUGUUCAUGAAUAUCCCAUAAGUCAGCCAGGUUUAACAUUGACAGGAUUCUGAAAUAAUGACCCAUCUCGGCUUGAUUGAACGAAAGUCAAACGGAGCAGAAAUUUAGCAUAAUUUAUACUCCAAGUGUAAUUUACAAAGCAGCAGCUCUUUGGACAGAAAGAUCUCCUUUAUGAAGCUAUUAGGAAUUCACAACCUUCUUAUCUACUAUUUUUUAACACCCUGUCUUAGGAUUAAUAUUUUUCAUUUAGAAACGCCCAUUGAAUACGUAUGAUGUGAUUAGCAGUGUGCUAACGUGGGUACCUGCAGAGGCAGAACGAGAAGUCAAGACAGGCAUUCCAAGAGCAGUUGUUAAACUCCAUGUAAAACAGGGACUUAGUCACCAGACUGCGCUCAUCCUCCGAAAGGUCAGUCCUCUAACCGCCCACCCCAAAGUCAAGGUUACUCUAAUAAACUAACUUGCUGUGAAACUUUGAACGUAUUAAAAAUAUGGUUCUCAACAGUGAAAAAAGUUCUAAAUUCUUUGAAGCUAAAAACAUUUAUGUUCUUUGAAGUUUGAAAUUUUU